CCCGGCCUCCACCCAAUGAGAGGGGAGAGGAAAGAGAGCUGUCAAACCCCCCCUGGCCUUUCCCCCACCACCACUGCUCCCCCGCAUCCCAAAGCCAGGAGCUCUUCCCCAAGUCCCGUGUACCUUCAGGCUUCACUGCAGCCUCUGGUUGUUUCCGAAAGCAGCGCAACGAGGAGGUAAAAAGACGCAGGAAGAGGGCAAUCUGAGGAUUUUGGUUCUGCUUCUUUUUUUUUCUUUCUUUUUUUCUUCCAGGAUGGGCUCUCCCUGAGGCCCUUGGCCACGAACUGCCGACAGGCUGCACAGAGCAGGACAGGGCAGAACAGGGCAGGACAGGACACCCCCUCGCUUGGAUUACUGUACUUUCGCCUUUUCGCGCAGCAUCGCUCUCGUAGUUGGAUUGUAAGUGUUUGUUUUCCCCUCACUUCUCUCACGGCCUGGACUGGACUGGACUGGAAAAUUAAUCGAGACUUGUGAUACUAAGGAGGCGCCGAUGGAAGAGCGUAGCCGGAGGGCCGGGUCUCGCCGCCACAGGAACGCGCAUACGAGGCGCUAGGAGUUCGUGCCUCUGUUCGCAGCCGCGUGACUCUGGGGCGCAUCUUCGCCAUCUCCACAUCUCCGCAGCUCCACAUUUCCACUCCAAGACAUGUUCGGUCUGAGCAAAAGCCGCAGCUCCUCCGGGACCCCGCUGAGCGCCUGUGCGCAGAGGCAUCAGUGGCGGAAGGGCGCAGCCUCCCCGGACGGCUCCUCCAGCGCCUCCUCCAGGCUCUACUGCACCUUCGUGCUGCUGCUCCUCAUCUUCACGCCCCGAGUGGAUUCCUCCUGGUGGUAUAUCGGGGCACUUGGGGCACGAGUCAUCUGCGACAACAUCCCAGGCUUGGUCAACAAGCAGCGCCAGCUGUGCCAGCGGCACCCGGACAUCAUGCAGUCAGUGGGGGAGGGUGCAAAGGAGUGGAUACGUGAGUGCCAGCACCAGUUCCGCUACCACCGGUGGAACUGCAGCACACUGGACCGAGACCACACCGUCUUCGGUCGUGUCAUGCUCCGCAGCAGCCGUGAAGCCGCAUUCGUGUAUGCCAUCUCCUCGGCAGGUGUUGUGUACGCCAUCACAAGGGCCUGUAGCCAGGGAGAACUGAAAGCUUGCAACUGUGACCCAAACAAGAGGGGCCGGGAUAGAGAUGACAAGGGUGAAUUUGACUGGGGUGGUUGUAGUGACAACAUCAAUUACGGCAUCAAGUUUGCCAAGGCUUUUGUGGAUGCUAAAGAGAAGACAGUGAAGGAUGCUCGUGCACUGAUGAAUCUCCACAACAACCGCUGUGGGAGGAUGGCCGUGAAGCGCUUCAUGAAGCUGGAGUGCAAAUGUCAUGGUGUCAGUGGCUCUUGUACACUCAGAACCUGCUGGUUGGCCAUGUCUGACUUCCGGAAGACUGGAGACUACCUGCGGAAGAAGUACAAUGGAGCCGUAGAGGUUACCAUGAACCAAGAUGGCACAGGCUUCACUGUGGCCAAUAAAAACUUCAGGAAGGCCACCAAGAACGACCUGGUUUACUUUGAGAAUUCCCCUGAUUACUGCCUCAUGGACAAAGCAGCAGGUUCCCUAGGCACAGCAGGACGUAUCUGCAACAAAUCCUCUCGGGGGACCGACAGCUGUGAGGUCAUGUGUUGUGGGCGGGGCUACGACACCACCCGCGUCAAUCGCAUCACGAAGUGUGAGUGCAAGUUCAAGUGGUGCUGUGCCGUGGAGUGCAGGGACUGCGAGGAAGCAGUGGACGUCCACACCUGCAAGGCUCCCAAGCGUGCUGAAUGGGCAGACCAGACCUGAGGAUGAACCGCUGUUCCCUCACCACUCCCUACCCCCUACUUUUUCUGGAUUUCCUGUGGGCCAUGGCAUUCUGAAAUACAGUGUCCAUCCCUCACGAUCCCUAGUCCAACCCUUCCCACCACUCUCUGCUGCAUGGCUUCCAUUUAAAUACACUAUCUCUACCAAAGCACUAAAGUACAUUUUCCCAUGGGGCCUUUGCACGACGUGCUCCGUAAAUGUCCCGCCUUUUUUGUUGUACAAGUGAGGGCUAUGAUGUUUUAGAAAACUGUGAACAUUAUGUCUUGGUUAUGAUUUUUAUAACGCCAUUAAGUGGAAGGAGGAGUGUUUCCUGUGAUUGUUUUGUGCAAAAACAAAAUGUGCUGCUUUGAAGGAGCUUCCACGGUAGUAGUGUGGCGGUUUUGUGUAUUUACUUCAUUUACAUAUGUUUGGAAUCUACUGGUUUGUAUGAGCAAACACACCGUACCUGUGUCCUCCUCACUCAUGUUAUUCUGACAGUGGAAUGUGCCUUUUGUCUGAGGCCAGGCCUCCUUGGGUUGGUUCCUUCACUCACACGUAUGGCAGUGGGUUUCUGCACGAAAGACAACACAGUGUGGUAUAGAUGGAAGUCAGGUUUGUCCUGGAAAGGAGGGAAUGCAGCUGCUGAGCUACAGUGGGUGAACAUUUGGGUGUCGCUCUGACCCAAGAGCAGCUUCCCCUCCAAAGUUUGAACAAGGACAACGGAAAAGAAAUUAUUUAAUGCAGGGAAAGUUUUGUUGUAGUUCUUGUCUGAUAAUGAACCUGCACUAAGGACAUUAGCUAAAGCAAUGAGCAAACAUACUCACAUACACACGCAUAUCUGAUGGAGAAGAAUGAUGUGGACCCAAGCGCAGAGACACCAUGAAGAUUUGUCUAAGGACUGGUGGGUCUCUUCAAGGGAUCUCAGUGACUGAUUCUGGAAAUAGGAAGUUCAGCAGUGAAUUUUUUUCCUUGUUCAAAAAGCUUGCUCUUGUAUCCUGUGUACACCG